GAGCACAGAACCGCAUUAACUCACUACAGAAAAGAUGACUUCACAAGCCUUUUUCCUGUUUUUCAUUUUUUUGUUAUUUUUUCUGCUGAUAUCCGAAGGGACUGAAUAUGAACUCAAAUCAAAGGAGGAGCAGUUGCUAGAGAAAAUAUCUAGUUUAGAAGUUAAAGUAGGAAUACUUGAGAAUCAAGCUGAAAUGAGGAGCAAGGUUAUAAAAGAUGUAAUUGCAAAGGAAAUCGCUGAAAUAAAGACGGCGCUGGAACCACUUAACGAGAAACACCGGAAACUGUCAGAGGAUGUUGCAACUCUGAAAGCGAUAAAAAUUAAUAAGACGGUGGAGUCUACACAUGCAGUAGAGACCGAUAACGAUCCAGUUAUCGCCUUCAGUGCACACAAUCCAACUCGCAGUAGUCUCAGUAUAGGACAAACGUUUGUGUUUGGUAGCGUUGCCCUUAAUGAAGGUAACGGCUAUAAUUCGUCUAGCGGCGAGUUCACAGCACCAGCAGGCGGCUUAUAUCAGUUUUCAGUUCACGUGUGCAAUGGCGGAGGGAAACACGUAGCUUCUGCUAUUGUCCAUGACGAUACUUACGUCGCAUACAGUGUCCAAUAUCAGCCAUCGGGAAGCAGUUGUAGUUCAGUCAACGCACUACUUAUGAUGACACCGGGUCAGAAAGUUCUUGUUAAGUGCACUUACUCAACUUGGUUCACAGAAGAUCAGUAUCGGCGUGCAACAUUCAUGGGUGUUCUUAUUCAUAAAACAGCCUAGCUGUAGACUGUAGUUUGCAGUUUUGACAUUUUUUCCUUUUAACAAAACUUUUCAGUCAUAGUCGUAUGUAUGUCCGUCCAUAUGUAUAGCCAGCACAGACAGACAAAGUUCACAUUAGAAAGAAUAUUAGAUAAAAUUUAGAAUGUGUUUACCUAUGACCGCAUACCGUCGAAACAAUAUCAAUCACAUGCAUUUUUAGUCAAUACUUUUGCAUAAAAAGGAAUAAUGUAUAAGAACAAUGAGACAUUGUUUUUAGAAGUACCGCCGGCAAUUCCAGAUGUAGAGCAUGUGUCUUAUUAUUUUUUAAUAGAUUUCACGAUGGUCUUUCAAAUUUGUAGAUUCAUCGCUUUUUUCUGGUCCGUCUCGAUGCAUUUCGAAUGCAGUCGAGUUAUUACCUUGCUUUCUGUGCAAUAAACAACAUGGAAAUUUGAGAAUCAGAGCAAAAACACUCACGUGCACAAGAGAUCCCAAUAAAGCUAAAAUAUAGCACCCAAUACACAAACAUUGUUUAUUUGGAUAAGUCAACAGCAUAUUAUAUAUCCUAAAUAAAUGAUAUAACAUGGAA